GCAUCUUUCCGACGUGGGGGAACUAAUUACUUAGACUAACUCCAAUCUAAAGAGCUAAAUGACUAUUAGCAUUUUUUUAAUUCCAACCCUCCAUUUUUUAGCUCAAAAAAUGGGUAAUGUCAAAUAAGAAGGGGUUUGGGGCUUCCUAUUUGACUAGCAGCGGAAAUGUGGUGGGAGUGGAUCCGCGACAGUUGCGUCUGGAUCUCCCAAUGUCGCGGGUUCACCAAAAUUUCAGACCAUUUGUUUUUAAUAUCGUUUGUUGAUUUGGUGUGAAGUUAAAUUUUAAGGCUUGUACUCUUGUAGGUUUAGGAAAAAAUUAUAUUUUGGGAAGCUAAAAAUGGACAUUUCAUUCCCUCUUAUUACGUACAUUUAGAAGGGGGAAAAAGAUGUCAAACACCCUUUUUAAAGGCGUCUAUACUUCACUCAAUCCAUCUCUUCUCAUCCACAAAAGCUGUCCGCCACUUCCUCUUACUACGUCCAUCUAGAAGAAACAAAAAAAAAAAAAAAUGGCGAUUCGCCAAAUGAUCGCCUUCCUUCUCCUCUCUCUACUAGCCACCACCGCUUCCUCCGCCCCACCACCUCAAUGCUACACUUCCCUCUUCAGCUUCGGCGACUCCGCCACCGCCACCGGCAUCUACAACACCCCGGGAGCCGAACCCCACCGCUGCUCACAACCGCCCUACGGCGAGACCUACUUCCACAAGCCCACCGGCCGCUGCACCGACGGCCGCACCAUCGUUGACUUCCUCGCCCAGCACCUCGGCCUCCCCAUGCUCCCUCCCUACCACGGCGAGCCCAUCGCCGACGCCGCUCCUUUCCGCCAAGGAGCCAACUUCGCCGUCGUCUCCGCCACCGUCAUGGACUUUGAGUUCCUCAAGGGCAGAGGCAUCACCAGCUGCCAGAACUGCUCGCUCAGCGUCCAGCUGGCAAGGUUCAAGACCCUGCUUGGGUCGCUGUGUAAGAGUCCGGCGGAGUGUAGAGAGUAUAUGAAGAGCACGCUCAUCGUCCUCGGGGAGAUCGGCGGCGUCGAUUACAUGCGCGCGGCCUUGCAGAUCCGCGAUUCGGGCCCGGAGGCCGUCGAAGGGCUGAUGCCGCUCGUCGUCGGGAAAAUCGGAUCGGCUAUCGAAGAGAUCAUCCAGCUUGGAGCGGUUAAUUUCUUAGUCCCCGGCGACUUCCCAAAGGGUUGCUUCCCGGCCUAUCUGACGGAUUUCCCGAGCAACGACAAGAGCGCCUACGACCCUCUCACCGGCUGCCUCAUCUACCACAACGGAGUCUCCAGCAGCCACAACGCAAUGCUUCGUGACGAAAUCCAACGGGUGCAAAACCUCCAUCCCGACGUCAGCAUCCACUACGCGGAUUACUAUGGGCCCACGAUUCGGAUGGUCCAGGACCCGGUCAAGUACGGGAUGGACAAAGCCACGGUGAACAAGGCCUGCUGUGGCGCCGGCGGGCCGUACAACUUCGUCGUGUCGGCCAAGUGCGGGCGGCCGGGGGCGGUUUCCUGCCCGGAUCCGAAGAGGUACGUGAUGUGGGAUGAUCAUCACUGCACCGAGGCGGCGAAUGCGGUGAUUGCCACGGAGGUGGUGCGAGGUCCGCCGUUCGGCUUGGCCUGCCGCGGGAAGCAACCGGCGCCGGCGCCCGGGAAGGAAUUGUAGAGAGAAACUAGCGCGGGGGAUAUAUGAACAAGCCUUAAAAAAAUUUUGUUCGAUGAUUUGAUUAAAUCUAAACUGGAUGCUAUUAUAUUAUUUUUCUCAUAGACAUUUCGAGAGGAAUAACGAGAUACUAUUAUACAAAGAUCUUUUAAGGUUAAAAUUCAAAAGAAAGAAAUAAGUGUUUGUCAACAAGUCGAUGAACCAACGAUAAAAGAGUUUGUUUUCUCACGAAAUGAGCAAUCAUAUUGUAUCUAUGAGAUGUGAAUAGACAUAAGCACUUUGAAGAGAUGUUUGCAACACCUUAUCAAUUUCCAUUAGAAUGCCACCUCCCAAAACGUGAGUCGAUCCGGACUACCGCGAUACAUCACCACAAAAAAAAAAAAAAACAUUAGUUAUAUUGUGAGUCAUGCACCAGGCCAUGAAACCCGAAGAGCCAUGAGUUCUCCGAGAAAAGAUAUCGUGAUGUAUCAAAAUGUUAUAUUUUUAAUUGUACCCUUAAAAAUAUACUUUGAUAUAAUUUGGUAGAUCAUGGUAGAUUAUAGUACAGAAGUUGAUAUCAUGAUGUAUCAAAAUGUACAAUAUUGAUGGUAGAAAUAUACCAUAGUGAUAGAAAUAGACUAGUGCCUAGUAAGAUGGCGGUAGACGCUUAGACGGUAGUAUAAUUGGUUUAAAAUAAUAAUCCUAAUACAUAUAUAAAAAAAAAUAUCACUAUGUAUAUCAGACAGAACUCAUUUCUUCUAGAUAAUUUUUUUUUAAUUCAUGUCAAAAUGAAUGAGGUAAAAUUUCUAGAGGAAAUAAAAGAGUGCUAGAUGCAUGGUAGUAUAUUUUCAACCAACCCUCUUCUAACCAAGUUAUUGAGGCAAAUAUAAUCUUGCUCAUCCAUACAUACAGGUUUUGCUUUCUGAAUUCGAAUGAAAUUCCAAGCUGACCAUUGUUGAUUGUUGAUCAAAAUUGGUACCUAAAUGGAGAAAAAUAACUUGUAUUAUGGCGGCCGUGCAUUGAUGUUAUGUUGGGCUGAUUCAGAGACCCAGCCGACUCCAUUACCAGAAAACGUAUUUAAAUCCGGGACCAGGCCGGCCUGCCGGUCCACAGUUCCGGCCGACACUUCCCCCUCCCAUGUUCCCGUGAGCAUGUAGCUCUGGCGAGCGAGUUAAUCUCUUUCCUCCUUUUACUUACCUCCACCUUGUCUCUUAUAUUAGGUACGAUAAAUAUUCAGGCUGACUCAAAUGCAUCCCAUAAAUGAGUAGUCUUAAUAAAUGGGGGGUGGAGAGCUCCAAUACUGGACUAAAAAUAGGGAAAGACGGUAUUUAUUGGGAGAUCGACAUUUGGGUCGAUCUCGACAUUUAUGGGGAGAGAGUUGGGUGCUGGGCGGGACAAUUGUUAGGACUGGGCAAUGCGCUGCACGCGCAAGGGUUAGUAUGCGUGCGGGGCACUGCCCAGCCCUGGCGGUUGUCCCGCCCAUCACUUUUUUUUUUUAAUUGUUAAUUAUUAUGAAACAAUGUAGUAUGGUGUAUGUCCAUUGGAUGCUACUUUGGAUUCCAUAUGGGAUGUUACAUUAGGAUGUAAUUACUUCCCAACAUUCAUGUGCAUUGAUAGAGGAGAAUGUGAAGGUUAUGUAUAUGUGCCUAUAAUAGAGCUCCCAUUAUAUAAAUGAAGAAGAUGAAUAGGAAGAACUCUUCCCCUCUCUUACCUUGUGUCUUUUCCCAUUCGUACUCUCUCAUAGUUGUUUAUCUACUCCUUUAGUUUCUUAACACGUUAUCAGCACGAAGCUCUGCCAAAGUCAUGGCUGGUUAUUGUCUUUCUACAUAAUUAAAUAUAUUGGAGUAAGAUCACAACACAAUCAAGGUACGCAAAUUUUCAUAUAAUUUCUUGUUGGUAUGUUCAUCUAUUUCAUUGUCUUCGAGAGAUUAUUUGAUCAUGUUAUUUGUUCAUAUUAUUUUAUGAACUUAUUUUAUAUGUGUCGAUUUUGUAACAUUGAGUUUGUGCUUGGACUUUAUCAAAAAAUGAGAAUUGCUCCUGUAGUAGCAAAAUCAUGAAAUAAGUACAUUAUGGGUUGACUUAUCGAUUGCUACAUUGGACAUAUAGAGAAAUGAAAGUCUAAAGAUCUCAUUUUCCACAAAGUGGAAAAAUGAAGAAAAAUGUAUCAUUGGUCUUCAACCUGAUGUAUGAAAAGAAGUUUUACUGAUCCAAGAAUCAAUGGAAGGAAAAUAAAAAUCUAUAUGUGCUCCUGCAGUAGCAAUAUUAUGGAAGAAGUUUUAUAAAGUAUAAGUUAUUUUUGUUUGUUAAAGGUGAAAUGUGUAUUGGACUUGUGAUGAGAAAUAUUAUAUAAUUUGAUCCAAAGGUGGUUGUUUCAUUCCUAGAAGUGAAUGAAAACAAAUCAUUCUUAAAAGUGAAUGGAUCGAGACACACCAUUAUAUAAAUAUAAUUUGAUGUUUGGAUAACGACAAUCAGCAAAUGUAUAUUUUCACCGGAAGUGAAAGAUAGAAUAAUUAUAAAUGAUGACAAUUCAUGUAGCAAAAGUCAUGAUCAUAUACCGUAACCUUCAUAUGUUGAAAUGUGUUAUGAAACACAUAUAUUAUUAUUAUUAUUAUUAUUAUUAUUAUUGUUAUUAUUAUUAUUAUUAUGUCUGCUUUUGUAUAGAAUGAAUAUUCGCGAAAGUUAAUACUGGUAUUAUAUCAUAUAGUAUGAAAGUAAGCAAAAGCUCCGGAAGAGAUUGUGUUUUGUUACUUGAAGUAACUAAAUAAUUGGUGAUAUCAAUAGUAUGAAAAUAUUCUUAUCACUAUGUAUAUGCGCUUACAAUAAUUCAUCGAAUCAGUAUAUUCCUAUUGGCCAAAAUGUAGUACAAGAGUUUGUGAAGGCUCCAGAAGAGCCAUUGUUUUGAUACAUGAAGAAACUAGACUGUCAGUUGAAGAUGCAUUACCGAAUUAUGAAGAUAUUCGUAGAAAUGAAUAUCAUAAUUAAUAUUGCAUCAUAAAUGUGUUCUAAGAGAACAUAUACUUAAAUGGAGAAAUUUGUAUUACAUGUAUAAUAGUACAUUUGAAAGUGUAAACCAGAAGUUUACAAGAUCGGGUAACUUUUUGUUUUAGCAUGUCCGGUCAUACCAUCCCAGAUACAGAUGCGGAAAAAAUGAUUGAGAUAUAUAUCAUAUGGAAAUCAAGUGAGAGAAUUCAUCAAUCAAAGGAUUGAUUAUGUGAUGCAUGCUCUCGAUGAGAAUAUACUCACUUGUGAAAGUAAUUGAAUCUAUUGAGAUUUUAUAAAAGUGUAUGCAAAAAAAUACACUCGUCGCGGAUUCCAUAUGGUAUGUUACAUUAAGAUGUAAUUACCUCCCUACAGUGAUCAUUGAAAUGAAUCCUUUUCAUGGUUAUUUUAUCACAUUCAUGUGCAUUGAUAGAGGAGAAUGUGAAGGUUAUGUAUAUGUGCCUAUAAAUAGAGCUCUCAUUAUACAAAUGAAGAAGAUGAAUAAGAAGAACUCUUCCCCUCUCUUACCUUGUGUUUUUUCCUCUUCGUACUCUCUCAUAGUUGUUUAUCUAUUCCUUUAGUUUCUUAAUAUUAAUUAAUUAUUUAAGGGGAAUUAAUUAAGGGAAGGUUAUCUAAUUAAUUAAGGGGAAGGGGAAUUAAUGUUUGUAUUUAGACUUUUUUUAGUUUGUAUUUAAUUUGUGUUCAAUAGUUUGUUUAUUUUAUUUUAUUUUCUAAGAUGAUUUAAAUUGAAUUCAUUUUAUUGGAAUGAAAAUGCAUUCUUGAAUUACAAAAAAAAUUGAUCCCUACUACAGCUUAAUCGAAUUUCAAAGCAUCUCAACAUCAAUACCAAGCAACAAACAGGACUAAUUAUUUCCAUGCAAGUUCCAAAUAUGCUCGACUAAGUCCUGACGAAGGCCAUGAUGUGUUGGUGCAGCACGAAGCUUAUUAUUCCUAGCCAAGUACUCAGUAGGGCUGGUAUAUCUCUAUCGACAUUAGUUGGUUGUUGGUCGUGGACCUCAUAAUAGAGAUUAUCUUCCAUUUCAUCGUCAGAAUCAACCUGCUCAUCCUCGAUUAUCAUGUUGUGCAAUAUAAUUCAUGUCAACAUUAUAUCAUUAAUUGGGGAAACAUCCCAAGAUUUUUCAGGCCCACGAACGAUUUCCCAUCUAGCUUGAAGAAUUCCAAAAGCCCGCUCUACUUCUUUUUGAUGUGCUUCUUGACAUCGAGCAAACAAGGCUUCUUUGUUUGAGCUUGGAUUGUUGAAUGUUUUCACUAAAGUUGACCACGAAGGAUAAAUACCAUCAGCCAAAUAAUAAUAUUGAUCAUGGGUAUGACCAUUUACGUCAAAUCGUACUUGUGGGGCGGAUAUGUUGAGGAUACAGUCAAACACCGGAGACAUCCCCAGAACAUUGAUGUUGUUGUUCGACCCAGGCGGGCCAAAGAAAGCAUGCCAUAUCCAGGUGUUGUAUGAAGCCACUGCCUCGAGAAUGAUUAUUGGUUUACGGUUGUGCCCCAGGUAUUGCCCAGUCCAAGAAGUAGGACUGUUAAUACACUCUCAGUGCAUGCAAUCAAUUGAUCCAAUCAUACCAGGGAAUCCGCGUUGUGAGCCUUUAUGAAGUAGGAUCCUUAAAUCAGCAAGAGUUGGUGCACCAAGGUAUGUCGACGAGUACAUCCCAAUAAUGGCUCUACAAAACUUCCCGAAGACUUCCAGUACAGUGCUCUGACCCAUACACACGUAGUCAUCAAGUUGAUUAGCUGGAGAGCCAUAAGCUAGCAUGCGUAGUCCACUAGUCAGCUUUUGCUCUGGCGAUAGGCCUAGGUGACCAACGAAAUCACUCCUUCUUGCAAAAGAGGGAUCAUACCUCACAACGUCACCUAUUAUGCGAUUCAAUAGUCGUCGUUGCAUACGAAAACGCCUUCUAAAUAUGCGAGCAUCGUAUGUUGGAUUUGGAUUAAAGUAAUCCUGCAUAAGACGGUCAUGACUGAGACCCUUUCACGAUCAAUGUAGGUGCGACUUGAUGAACGACGACGUGAGGAUGAAGCUUCUUCAAGCCUCCGCCCGGUUACAGCUAAACGGUGAUAGUGAAACAGAUUCAACUCUUCCAUCUCUUCUUCUCCUCUAGACGAUGAGUAAUCUGAGGGACUCAUGAUGGAUAUGUUUUAGAAUAUGGGGGAGAAGUUGAUGGAUGUGUUUGAUUUAGAAAUGGGAGGGAGUUUUAGACAAGUAUUGAAUUGAUGGCAAAUUAGGGAUUUGUAUUUAUAACCGAACGGUCAUAUUCGAACAUGUGCUACCUACCAAUGACAAACCUAGCAUGUGCUACCUAACAACUUUACCUACCAAUGACAUACCGAACAUGUGCUACCUAACAGCCUUACCUAGCAACCUUACCUAACAGUCAUAUCCAAACGGUCACAUUCGAACGGUAACAUCUAACGGUCAUAUUCGAACGGUAACAUCUAAUGUUCAAACCUAACGGUCCUAAAUUCUCUAUAUAUUCAGACUUCAUCUCCUCUCUCUACAUCUCAUUCUUACUAAAUUGAAAUUUUCUGUCAACUUCAUCAUCAUUUCUAUCGUCUUUCUCUCUCUAAAAACCAAACAAUGACAAGCAAGAUAUGAGAGGGGAUAGAGUGUGGCUGCGCAAUUUCGAGUGAACGAUCGAACCUCAGCUCGUACCAUCAAAAUCAUGUCUAACCGAAUGGGCAUAAUAUCCAAAUUCUGCAAGUGUUGGAAUUCAGCUAUCCAAAGGGCAUAGAGGAAUCAACCAAGUAGCACGAAUCAACAAGAUGUGGUAUGAAUUCUCUAUCACCAUCACUGUUAUUUUCUAACUCGAUCAUUAGUAUGUGUGUUCUAUUUUACAACUCCUUUUCCAUCUCAUUCAUUCAUGUGUAUAGUAUAUGACAGAACAACUGUAUUUAAGUAAGACUGGGGAAAAUGACUUCUUGAUCUUCUUGAAAAGGACUUGUCGAAGUUAACACCAAGAAAAAUGAAUUAUUACAAAAAUAAGCAAAAUAUGCUUCUAGGGUAAGAUCAAGAUGAUCCCAACUCUGUUCCCAACUAUUCAUCCAACGCAAGUCAGACCGGGGGAGGAGAUGAGAGUGGAGGAGGAGAUGAAAAUGGAGGAGAUUACGAGACUUACUAUUCUCUGUUGGGCAAUUAUUAACAUGUUAUGUGUUUCAUCUUUAUCAUUUCAAGUGUUGUUUGUAAUCCUUAAGUUUUAUCAUUUUCAAGUAUUGUGUGUAAUCUUUAACCUUUAUCAUUAUCAAGUGUUGUGUGUAAUCUAUGAGUUGUAUCAUUUGAACUAUUAUGUGUGUAAACCCAACUUAGGCCAAUAAUUUUUUUCCCAAAAAAAUCGGUCUCUAAAUUUGUAUAAAUUUUAUCGAAAAAUUUGUAUUUAAAAAUGACGACGAACUAUACAAAAAUUAACUUGAAAAAAUUAUAUUAAGAUGAUAAUAAGUAAAUUUUUAAGUAAACAAAAACUAGAAAAAAGGAAGAUCCCCAAAUUUGGUGAUGGUAGCAUUGGAGCCAAAUUGAAGAAAAUGGGGACAAUCCCCAAAUUUGAGGAUGAAGGUCUCCAAAUUUGGGGUCUUGCAUUGAAGUUGGCCUCAUAGUCUUAUCUGCAGGGACGGAGCCAAAAUUUGAGGUUCGAGGGCCGAAAGUUUUUUUCGUAUACUAUUAUGAAUGUGUGAAUUAUAUAAACACACUAUUAGAUUAUAUUCCCAAAAAAAUAAAUCUAUACGUUAUUAUAUUUCAAACAAGUUAUUAGAUUAUAUGAAUAAAUCAUAAAUUCCAAUGUAUGCCAUGUCCUCCAAUAUCUUUAUAUUGUUUUGGGUAGAAACUUUAAUAUCUCAAAGAAGUAUUGAAUUCUCACCGCUAGACUGGCAGUAGAUUUCGCCUUUGCACUCAUAAGUAUUCAUGAAUAAUCUUCUCAUUGUAUGUAACUUCCUUCCAAUCAUACAUUCCAAUGUAUGUCAUGUCCUCCAAUAUCUUUAUAUUAUUUUGGCCCGAAUUAUACUCAUAUAAUCAACUUUGGCCAAUGGUUUUAGAAAUUCCAACCGUAGCCUCAAUUAUGGCCCAUAUAGACAAAAUUGCCCGAUCCAUGGUUUGACGGUCAGUUUUGCCGCUCCUUCUUCUCUGACUCCUUAUUCUCCAUCGACCACUACCACUCCAUCCAACCCUUUAAUUUAACCCUUUUUUAAUUUAUCUAUAAAUCAGCUUCCCCAUCCAACCCACAAACCAAUCCCAAUUGCCAUCCCCAAAAGAAAAGAAAAAAAAAAUCUCAAUCUCCGUCGCAAACGAAGAACAAGGAAGGACGAAAAUGGUGAAGAAAUUGUUGUUAUCUUCGUCAUCGGCCCCGAAAAGUCGACUUUCGCACAGACUAGCAACCUCCUGAGCCAGUAGCCAAUCUGGGAGAUAUUACCCUCGCCGCCAAGUUCGAUCACCAGCAGCCUCCCGUUAAUUACAAAUUUUCCUCAGAUAAUUAAUUGACUGUUUAAUUAAUCAUCAGACAUCACUUCUUUGUCUCGGUGAAGAAAAUGGAAUUUAAAUUUACGAGAUCGAAAUGAAAUCAGAUCUGAAACUUGUAGAUUUCUGUUUCUUAUUUUGACUUUACAGCAGCUGAGCCGACCACGACGCUGGACCUUCUGCCUGGCAUCGGCAGCUCCUCCGCCAAUCGGGAGGGAGAGCGCAGCGAAUUAUACGACCGGUAGCCUCUGCCUCGGUUCGCCGGGUACGGAUCUACGACGACCGGUGCAGGCAGAGGAAAAGCUAAGGGUGAGUUGGAUCGUAAUCGAUCUGGUUACGAGGCGGUCGGUCGACUGGACGAGAAGUUGAGGGUGCAACUGAAAUUCUCGACGGUGGUGGGGAAAGAGGAAGGAAGCGGGGAGGCGGCGAAGUGCGGGGUGGCGGUCACGUGCAGCGGAGAGGAAGGAGGGAAAUUUUCUUUUUAAUUUUUCAGUUUAUCCUUUUAAUUUUAUAUAUUUAUUACAUUAUUAAAUUUUUAUUAAUAUU